CCCGGGAAGGGAGCCGGACGACCGCGCCCGCCCCGCCGCGCUGCCCGCCGCCCCCGACUCUGUAGCCCGGACUCGAUGGAGGUACAGAGCUUGGCUUCUCCGCUUUGGGAAGGGAGGUGCUGGUGGCUGAAAGGGCGAGGGAACUCUCCCCGAAAGCCUUCGCCUCGGACUCCUCCCAGCUCUGGCCGGACGCACGCGUCUCCCCACAACGGGCUACCGGCCGGGCCGCCCCGCCCUCUUCUGGGGAACGCUUGACCGCGACUUCGGUUUUCGGUGGCGCUCCGCGCGGAGGUAUUUCACCUUCUGACCCUUUAUUGCCGUCGCGGGCUCUCCUCGCCAUCCUCCGCUUCCAGCCGAGCACAGAUUGCUCGUCCACUAGCGGGUCCCCGCUCGGCUCCGCCGACUCCGCGCCGGCAGGCGGAGGGCGAGGGACGCGCGCCUGGCCAGCCCAGCCCAGCUGCGGGGUUCGGAGAAAGCGAGGUCCGGCGGCACAGAGCGCUGAGUUCUGCACCUCAUCGAGCUCAGAAAGUUCAAGAAAGAAUCCAUUCCUGCAUAUGGUCAUGUGGUUCUUUAAAACAAUGUCCCAUCACGUGCUAUGUUGAUGACGUCACAGGAAACAAAGAAGUCAGUGUUAGAAGAUAGCAAAUGUACAGGAGGUCAUAAACCAUAUUUGAGAAGUACUUCCAUCCAGUGCUACUUGUGUUUACUUCUGAACAGUCAUUUUUUAACUGAGGCUGGCAUUCAUGUCUUCAUUUUGGGUUGUAUCGGUGCAGGUCUUCCUAAAACAGAAGCAAACUGGCAGCAUGUAAUAAGUGAUUUGAAAAGAAUUGAAGAUCUUAUUCAAUCUAUACAUAUGGAUGCUACUUUAUAUACUGAAAGCAAUGCUCAUCCCACUUGCAAAGUAACAGCGAUGAAAUGCUUUCUCCUGGAGUUACAUGUGAUUUUGCAUGAGUCCAGAAAUUCAGACAUUAACGAUACAGUAGAAAACCUUAUCAUCCUAGCAAACAGCAGUUUAUCUUCCAUUGAGUAUAAAACUGAAUCGGGAUGCAAAGAAUGUGAGGAGCUGGAGGAAAAAAAUAUUAAAGAAUUUUUGAAGAGUUUUGUACAUAUUGUGCAAAUGUUCAUCAACCCUUCUUGAUUGCAGCUAAUCCUUUUCAGCAUUUCUGUUAUUAACAAACAUCUCCCCACUGCUUAGAGGCAACAACGAAACACUCAGCAUUUCAAAUAUGCUGCCAAAAUAAAUUCUUCUGGCAAGAGGACGAUCAGGAUCUUUGAUCGGAUGAACUCACAGAAAUGAAGGCCGAACAAUGGCAUUGAGUACCAUGGUGUCUAUGAACGAAGGACUUAUUUUAUUCAUUUAUUUUUAAUUUAUUAUUGAGAUUGUACAUAUUUGUAGCAUAAUGUAAAAUGUUGAAUAAAAUUGUGUAUAUAUUUUAUCUUU